AUGCUGGACCUAGGAGUCGGCUCAAUGCCAGGACCGGGUCAAGCUGGGAUUGCUGCUGGACCCAGUUGUAAUUUAGUUGCCUUUGCAGUGCAAACAGCCAAGCUUCGAGGAGAAUCAGCUAUCUCGGCUACUUCGGGUUUCAUUCCUGAAUGCCCAGCACAGUAUAAUUUCAAGCGAACAAUAGAGUCUGAACAAAUCGAAGAUUUCUCAGCCUUGAUGCUAUAG